CGCGCCCCGGCGCCUCCUGUCAUUGGUCGUGGCGGAGGCGCCGUUUGCUCUCUGACCCUCCUAGGCCGCCUUCCCCCGCUCCCGCCCCGCCAUCCGGGGCGCGUAGUGCGCCUGCGUCUUUGCGACCGGAGCGGGCUGGUAGGCGCGGGUUGAAAGUCUCGUUCCAAGUUUGGAAAGAGAGAGGGAAGCGGUUGGGGUCUGAGCCGCCACAGCAGCGGGUGGAGACGCACGGCAAGGCCUGACUCCGGACGGCAGGGGAGGGGGGGAGGGCUGGUGGUGGAGGAGACCUGAGCUUCGGGUGCUGGGAGCAGGGUGACGCUGCGGAGGCUGGCGGGGCCCCGGCCGGCAGGCGUCGCGCGGCUAGAGCAGGGGAGAUCGAGACGGCGCCGGAGGGGCCUGGCAGUCUGAGGGGCGCGCUGCCCGACACAAGAUGGCGAAUAAAGAGAUGUUUGAAGAUACAGUGGAGGAGCGGGUUAUCAAUGAAGAGUAUAAAAUCUGGAAAAAGAAUACCCCAUUUUUGUAUGAUUUGGUUAUGACACAUGCCCUUGAAUGGCCUAGUCUUACUGUUCAGUGGCUUCCUGAUGUAACUAGACCAGAAGGAAAAGAUUAUGCUCUUCAUUGGCUAGUGCUGGGGACUCACACUUCAGAUGAGCAGAACCAUUUAGUGGUUGCACGAGUACAGAUUCCUAACGAUGAUGCACAGUUUGAUGCUUCCCAUUAUGAUAGUGAGAAGGGAGAAUUUGGAGGCUUUGGAUCUGUAACUGGAAAAAUUGAAACAGAAAUAAAAAUAAAUCACGAAGGAGAAGUAAAUCGUGCACGUUACAUGCCACAGAAUCCUUGUAUUAUUGCUACAAAAACACCAUCUUCUGAUGUGCUGGUUUUUGAUUACACGAAACACCCCUCUAAGCCAGACCCAAGUGGUGAAUGUAAUCCUGAUCUUAGGUUAAGAGGACAUCAAAAGGAAGGUUAUGGUCUUUCCUGGAACUCGAACUUGAGUGGACAUCUCCUAAGUGCAUCUGAUGACCAUACUGUCUGUUUAUGGGACAUAAAUGCAGGCCCAAAGGAAGGCAAAAUUGUUGAUGCCAAAGCAAUAUUUACUGGUCAUUCUGCUGUUGUAGAAGAUGUAGCAUGGCAUCUACUGCAUGAAUCCUUGUUUGGAUCUGUUGCUGAUGACCAGAAACUCAUGAUCUGGGAUACCAGAUCCAAUACAACAUCCAAGCCAAGUCACUCUGUAGAUGCCCAUACAGCUGAAGUCAACUGUCUGUCAUUUAAUCCAUAUAGUGAAUUCAUUUUAGCAACUGGCUCAGCUGAUAAGACUGUAGCUUUGUGGGAUCUGCGUAAUCUAAAAUUAAAACUCCAUUCCUUUGAAUCUCAUAAAGAUGAAAUUUUCCAGGUUCACUGGUCUCCACAUAAUGAAACUAUCUUGGCUUCAAGUGGUACUGAUCGACGUCUUAAUGUAUGGGACUUAAGUAAAAUUGGAGAAGAACAGUCUGCUGAAGAUGCUGAAGAUGGACCUCCAGAACUUCUGUUUAUCCAUGGAGGACACACUGCCAAGAUAUCCGAUUUUAGUUGGAACCCCAAUGAGCCUUGGGUGAUUUGUUCUGUUUCUGAAGAUAACAUCAUGCAGAUAUGGCAAAUGGCUGAAAAUAUUUACAAUGAUGAAGAACCAGAUAUAGCAGCCUCAGAACUGGAGGGUCAAGGAUCCUAAACCUUUUAUGUCUAAGAUGAAAUAAAAAUUGCUGGAUAUUUGUGAA